AUGACUUAUGGUUCGAACUCCCAAGAGACCGGUGGUCGCUGGCAGUGGCUUCUUGAAAAUUUCUGUAGAAAUGCCAAAAUGCCACCUCCAUUUUUUGAGGAUUGUUCCGAUCGUCGAGGCGGCCGCACUGCCUGGUCCAGCGUGGUUAAGGUCCAAGGCCGAACAUUCAGAGCACGAUACUGGUACGACGGGAAUUACGUCCAUAAUGCCAGAGAAGAUGCCGCCGAGGUGGCACUCAUGGUAUUCAAACGUGAGAAAGAAAUGACCGGCACCAUCGCGAGUGCCCCGGACCAGGGACAGAUUGAAAAUCAAAUGGCCGACGCCAACGCCAGCACCCCGUUCCAGGGACAAUUACGGACAUGGCCCCAAAUGUGGCCUUAUUGA